GGGAAGGAGGCCUUGGGCGCCGCUUUAGCCGCCCGUGGGAUUCUGGGAGCUGUAGUUUAUUAUGGCUCUCCGAAAUGGAGGACGUUUGAGGACAACGGAGGCUCAGGAAGGAAGGGAAAGAGAGAAACACUCCUAGACAUAGGAACCCAGGCUUCUGAGUGAGCCAUGCUCAAAAUGGAGGACGUUUGGGAAGUCCUCCUUGACAGAAGGCUGGAAUGAGUUUAAAACCCACGUGGACCAAGCCUGCAGAGCCGCCGAAGAGUUUGUCAACAUUUACUACGAAACGAUGGAUAAAAGGAGGCGGGUGCUGACCAGACUCUACACAGACAACGCAGCACUCAUUUGGAAUGGGAAUGCAGUGUCUGGGCAUGACGAACUUGCCAAGUUCUUUGAAAUGUUGCCUUCUAGCGAGUUUCAAAUUACCACAUUCGAUUGCCAGCCCGUUCAUGAGCAAGCUACUCAGAACCAAACCACUGUCCUUGUUGUGGCAUGUGGGACUGUCAAAUUCGAAGGGAACAAGCAACAGUACUUCAACCAGAAUUUCCUGCUAACAGCACAAACCUCCAACAAUAACACAGUCUGGAAGAUCAUGAGCGACUGCUUCCGCUUCCAGGACUGGCCUAGUUAAUGGGCAGCGAGAGGGAGGCGAUUUCCCUCGGUACAAGAUGAUACGGCCUUUGAAAAUGCGGGGACCCAUUUUCCUUCCACCUCCUCUUCGGAAGUAUUACAGAUGAUCAGAAAUUGCUGGUUUUUAAGAUGAAAUCCUGUUUUCUACCAAACGAACUUAUGUGCCUUCAAGAUUUGGUCAGACUACGUCACAGCAGGGAAAAGCCUUUCCUGGUUUAUUUAUAUUGAUGGUUAUUUAUGGGGCAGCGAAAUACAUCCCUUACACGUCUUUAUGUGUUGUCUUACCGGAACAGAUCCUAUGAUUGGCAUGAGUUGGCUAUGCUUUCCUUCUGAAAUGUAUCAUCAGUCACAAUUUUCCUUUGCCUCGGUGAAAAAAUUAAAAGGGCUGUGACAGAAGUGUGCAUGUUAUUUUUGACUGGUUUCUGAAGUGUGUUCUAUAGUCGUCUUACUAGAAACAAGUAGAUUGUUCAGAGGAUGAGUAUCGUUUUUAUGGUUUCAGCUUAUUUCUCCUUGACAACGUUUGCUUUAAACUAUUUCAGAUUUCAGUGAGGAUAGGCAGUUUUUGGCGUAGAAAAGGGAUGGAUCAGAUUAAGGGGAAACCACCUUAUGUUCUGGACUUGAAAUGUCUGGUUUUCAGACCCAGGGCAGCCCAUUUCUUUUUCUUUUAAGGCCUUUCCUGGGCCUGGAAAUGGCAUAGAAGGGCACAAACUUGUUUAAAAUGGCUCCAACAAGGCAUUUGGGAGGCAAAAUACUAUUUUAGGGGGGAAUAUUUUGGGGAAAGAAAAUUGAUCCCUGGGGUGGAUGUGAAAAGAGCCCUCAGGGCCAUGUGAGGCCAGUAGACCAGUUUACUCACCCGUGUUUUUAAAGUGUUUUAAGGUUAUAAUAUUACUAUAGAGCUCAGGAUUAGGCAGUGAAGUGAAACUGUUGAGAAUUCAAAGCAUCAUUGACAAUAGCGCAUAGAUCUGGGCUUCCUUUCUUCAUCCAGAUAUUCUGUUUGUAAUAGCUGUUUGCCUUUGUGCUGUUAAGAGUCCUGUGUGACAGAAUAUGAUAUGCCUUUGUAUUCCUCAAAUGUAAAUAAACUUUUCAAAUAGAUUGCC